AUGUUGAGUAUCCUCUAUACGGCGCUGCCUCUUCUUCUGGCCCUUCCCUUUGCGAAUGCGGGCCCGUCAUCGAAACGUGGAGGUGAUGACCUGGUUUUGAGUGCGUGGUAUGCUGGAUGGCAUGCUACGGUAGGGUUUCCCUUAUCCAACGUCAGCUGGGAUAAAUACACCAACCUGGUAUACUCUUUCGCGAUAACCACUCCAGACGUUACUAAGGUUUCUCUAAACGGCUCAGACGGAGAACUCCUUCCCCAAUUCGUUUCCGAGGCCCAUGAACAUGGCAUCCAAGCAUUUGCAGCAAUCGGUGGAUGGGGAGGUGCUCAGUAUUUCUCGACGGCUGUUGCAUCCGCAGAGAACCGCACGACAUUCGUAAAGACUAUCGUGGACUUUGCUGAGGAAUACCAUCUCGACGGCAUCAACUUCGACUGGGAAUACCCCAACGUCCAGGGCAUCGGAUGCAACACCCUCAGCCCGAACGACACCGCCAACUUCCUCUCCUUCCUCCAAGAACUCCGCCAGGAUCCAGUUGGCGCCAACCUCGUCCUCUCUGCCGCAACCGCCAUCACGCCCUUCGCAGGCCCAGACGGCAGCCCUUCGACGAACGUAUCCGGGUUCGCCGACGUACUGGACUACAUCCAGGUCAUGAACUACGACAUCUGGGGCCCCUGGUCGACCGCCGUCGGGCCCAACUCUCCACUGAACGACACCUGCGCGCCCGCCGCAGACAGGGUCGGCUCCGCCGUGUCUGCCGUCGCGGCGUGGACGGCGGCUGGGAUACCGAAGAGCCAGAUCGUGCUCGGGGUAGCGUCGUACGGGCAUUCGUUCAGCGUCCCCCCCACAGACGCGUUUGUGAACGGGUCCAAGACAGAGUUGGUGGCGUUCCCGGCGUUUAAUGCGUCUAACCAGCCUUUGGGAGAUCCGUGGGAUGAUACGGGGAGCGUGGAUGCGUGUGGGGUGUAUGAAGGGCCUGGUGGCGACUGGGACUUUUGGGGAUUGAUUUGGGGCGGGUUCCUUACUACGGAGGGAAAGCCUGCUGAGGGGAUAUACUACCGUUACGACGAGUGCAGCCAAACUCCAUAUGUGUAUAACGAGACGUCAGAGGUGAUGGUUUCCUACGAUAAUGUUCAGUCUUUUGCGGUAAAGGGCACUUACAUCAAAGAAACCGGUUUGCGCGGAUUUGCGAUAUGGGAAGCUGGCGGUGACUACAACGAUAUGCUUCUCGAUUCUAUUCGUUCUACCAUCGGUAUCUGA